AUGGCGACCCGUGCGGCUGAGGACGCGGAUCCCGCUCCCUGGGCGCAGCUGGAGGGCCCCGCGCGCCUCCUGCUCCAGGCGCUGCAGGCGGGGCCCGAGGGGACGCGGGGCGGCCUCCGGGUGCUACAGACACUGGCUAGCAGACGCGGGGAGCCCUUCGCCUGGGGUCCCUUCCUCGGGGCGCUGUGCCAGGAGGAGCCGGUGGUGGAGGGGCCCGACUGCCGCCUGAAGCUGAAGCCGCUGCUGCAGCACUUGCCUCUGCUGUGCCAGAGAAACCUGCUGGCCCUGCUGAUGGCUGUGCGGCCAUCGCUGCCCCAGAGCGCGCUCCUCCCUGUGCUGCAGAUUGUCCGGCAGGACCCAGGCGCCGACCCCUGGCUACGAGCCCUGGUGGUUUUGUUGCAAAGGGAUCUGGGGGUGGGACUCUGCGCUGAGGAAGUCUCCCCACUGUCGGAAACGUGCCAGAGACAGCUCCGAGGCCUGUGUGCGCAACUGGGUCGAGGGGGCAAGGGGCUGAAGUUGCCCCAGGUUCCAGAUGCCGGAGAAGGCAAGGAAGAGAAGGAAGAAGACGCCGACUCCCAGCAGCUUGGGAAACGCAAGAAGGAGGCCGCGGAGGAGCCCGCCAGUCCUGAGGGCGAGCGGGCCUCCAAAAAGUUCCGGUGGUUGGAAAGGGAUGAGGACGCUCAGGAGGAGGAGCCCCUGGAAUCCGCCGCCUGUGGAGGAGACGCAUCACCAGUCCUGAGCCAGCCUGCAGUGGGUGCUGAGCCCAGAGAGGCGCCUCCGAAGCCGGAGGGCUCGAAGGAUCUGGUGGAGACCCUGGAGCUGCCCAAAGCUGUCCAGGACCAGCUUCCUAGGCUGCAGCAGCUGCUGAAGACCUCUGGGGAGGGGUUCCAGGGUGCCCUGCCAGCUGAGCUGCAGCUUCUCCAGGAAUGCAGCCCCAGACAGGUAGACCUGCUGUGUGCCCAGCUGCAGCUCCCCCAGCUCCCGGACACGGGCCUCCUGCAGCUCUGCUCCUGGCUGUUGGCCCUGUCACCAGACCUCAGCAUUAGCACCGCCACCGUGCUGGCCAGGAGCCUCUUUCUUGGGCGGAUCCUGUCCCUGACAUCCUCGGCCUCCCGCCUGCUCACGGCCGCCCUGACCUCCUUCUGUGCCAAGUACGCCUACUCUGUCUGCAGAGCCCUCCUGGUCCCCGUGCUCCAGGCCCCCGGCCCAGGUUCAGCUCAACUGGAGCUGCUGUGCUGCCUUGUGAAGGCAGUGGAGCCGGACACGCAGGGGCUAAUGCUGGGCCAGAUCUUGGAGCUGCCCUGGAAGGAGGAGAUGUUCCUGGUGCUGCAGUCCCUCCUGGAGCAGCAGGUGGAGCUGACCCCCGAGAAGUUCAGCGUCUUUGUGGAGAAGCUCUGUGAAGCUGGACCGGCGGCCACCACAUCCAUGGCCUAUGCCAAGCUCAUGCUGACGGUGAUGACCAAGUACCAGGCCAGCAUCACUGAGGCCCAGAGGCGGGGCCUGGCUACUGCUGCAGGACUCAACUCAACUUUCCUGAGGAAGUCCCUACAGGCCGCCCUAAGACACCUGGCCUGACCUCUGCCCAGGGACCACUCGGCAGCAGACCGUUGAAGGCCUCUCUGUCUGGAUGAACUUGCCCUACUUCCUGGCUGAGGCUGGCCAUCCCGGGGCUCAGCGCCCUGCUUUCCCAGGCGCCAGACCCAGUCUGGGCUUUGCAGGUUGCAGGGGCAGGACGAGCUGUCCUUGUUUGGGCUGCUGGCCCUGCUGCCCGUGUCUUCGCUGCUACCUCUGGCCUCAGGAACAGAGACUCUCCCCGAGGCCCCGACGGGUCCCAGCAGACCCAGAGUAGUUGUGGGAUGCUCCGGGAAUCCAGAAGGCCUGUGCGCUCUACACAAAGCUCUUGCGAUUAAAUGUGUGUCAUGACCAU